GAUCCCUUACCGGACACGCAGUCCAUAAUGACUGCCAAAGCGUUGCAACAAAAUGUGUCCAAAAGUGAUUGGAUUUCAUACAAAAAGUCCGACUAUUGGUUCGUAUUGAACGACACAUCCCUGUCCUGGUAUAAGAACGAGACACUGAAGGACAGGAAGGGAACGGUAGACUUGAAGGGUUGUUCCGUAGAGUACGGAAAGGAUGGCCUAAUGCUAGUCUUAAAUCUAUCUAAAAAGGAGUCCAAGAAUACACUGGAACUGGUGUUCAACACCCGACCCGAGAUGGAAAAGUUCAAGGACUGGGUGGAGGAGGCCGUGGGGGUCAACACCUAUAACCACAACAACUCCAGCGACAAUAUAUCCAUUACGAGUGAAUUGACUAUUUCUACCCAAAAAACUUUUAACACAAACACAACGAGCCCUCCCACUGACACAUCAUAUUUGGGGGCACAGGUAGAUCAGGUCAAGAAACUGGUCGACGCCUACGUGAUUUUGCUUAAGAAAAAGUUCAAGGACAAUUUACCAAGGUUCUGUCAACUAGAGCUGAUCGACUCGACCUCCCGGUUCAUUGCGGUCGACUUCCGGGUCAGGAUUAGCCAACAGUAC